AUGUUCUUGGUCCCAACGCAACACCAGUUCGUUGACAACCGCGCAUCACUACUCUCUUCAGGCUCGCCACAGCUUGGAGGUUCCCGCCCCGAAGCCGCUGCCAUCAGCUCGCUUCUCACCUCAAUCAGCACCUCUAUGGAACGCAGUGCUACCGAGUACUCGCAGUCAGGUUUGCCUUCGCCUUACCCAAGCAACUGCGGCGACACCCGUUCUGAAGGUUCAUCUGCAGAUCACGCAUCUGCUGCGCAAUACGCGACUCAGCAGGAGGUCCGCCCUAGCAACUAUUCCACCUCGGCGACUCCCACCUCCGAGUACAGCGUCUACCCGCCGUCUGCGCGAUCAGGAUCCUUCCCUGAACACAUUCAGCGAUCAUACCACCCGGCUAGCAACCAUAACGGAAGCAGCGGAGGCAUGGCGCAACAAGCAAGCAGUCCGUCUUUGUCCCAGCAGGAUGGACGUAACCAUCAGGUCCCGAUGCCCAAGUCUGACCACGAUGUACCCAUAGAUCCGUCGAUAGCGGCGCCGAGUCCUACCUACGCGUACGGGCAACAUUCUCCCUACGGUCCUCCUCCGGGCGACAUGUCGCACUCCUAUCAGCAUCCCGCAUACGCGCAACCCCGACCCGACUGGACCGGCUAUGGUCAACACAGCGCCGGUCCUUUGACUCCCGCCAGUCAUGUCUUUCCCCCGACCCCGAGUUCCGCUCCUCCUCAGGGUCGUCCUAACCAGUUUGGCAAUCAGGUUUACUCUUUCGUUCCGAUUCCCGGUGCUCAACAGCACAAGCGACCCCGCCGACGAUACGAGGAAAUUGAACGCAUGUACAAGUGUGGUUGGAACGGCUGUGAGAAGGCCUACGGCACGCUGAACCAUCUCAACGCACAUGUCACUAUGCAGUCUCACGGACAGAAGAGAACGCCAGAAGAGUUCAAGGAGAUCCGCAAAGAGUGGAAGCAACGCAAGAAGGAAGAGGAAGCGCAGCGAAAGGCGGAAGAUGAACGCCAGCGCCAGGCUGCUGCCGCCGCCGCCGCCGCCGCUCAGAACGGCUCGGGCGACCCUCAGUCCGCAGCCGACGGCACAUCGUCGGCGUCCGCAUACGCCAGCGGUCGCCAAGUUCAGCUGCCCCCAAUUGGCUACCAGCCUUCGCAGUACCCGGCCCCUCCGUCUGCUGGAGGUGUAGCUCAGCAACAACUCCCGGAGUACAACGGCUCUCACAUGUACUCGACCAACUACCAGCCCCAGUCCCCCUAUGGCCAGCCUAAUCAGAGCAUGUACAGCUCACAUAACGGCGCUCAGACGUCUAGCCACUGA